AUGGCUCUGCGCGUCUGCUUGCGGCCACUGCUCUCAGCAAACGGUCUCCGCUUGACGGGUGAAUCUAUCAGCGUCCGUCUCCGGCCCUUCAGCAAACUGCCCGAACUCCAUAGCAGCAGUUCCUCAGGCUGUAAGGUGCUGUUACACUUUGUGAAUCAGUCUGGAAUGAAGACGAGCGUCAGUGCGAUGGAAGGAGAAUCCCUGCUGGAAGUGGUCAUCAACAAAAACCUCCAAAUCGACGGCUUUGGUGCGUGUGAAGGGACGUUGGCGUGCUCCACCUGUCACCUGAUCUUCGAGGACGGUGUUUAUGAGAAGAUGGAGCCGAUGGCAGAUGAGGAGAUGGACAUGCUGGACUUGGCCUACGGACUCACCAAACUGUCGCGGCUGGGCUGUCAGGUGACCGUGGAGCGCUGGAUGGACGGAAUGACGGUCCGAGUGCCGCAGGAGGUCAAAGAUCGACGAGAGAAGCCGGAGGCCGAGAUCUAGCAGCGAUGCCUACGGACACUCACGCG